AACAGUGCAAUGGAGAAAACAGUACCUAACAACUAAUAGAUAUUGGAAUUACUGUUAUUUUUUUAAGAGAAAUUUUGGAACGCAACAAAAUCUGUAUGUCCAAAGCAUGGAUCAGUAGCAGGCUCUGCAUUCAUAGCACUUCUCAAGAGGUGGAAAAUAUUUGUACCAGGAAGAAAAUUUUGUGCUAACAAUGCCAGGCAUUUGUCAUCAAACUAUCUCUCGUUAUUAUGGAAGGAGCAAAAUUAUAGUAGGAAGAAGAAUCUUCUACACUAUUCGUGCAUUUUCAGGAACACACAAAUAUGACUAUGAUAUGGUUGUAGUUGGAGGAGGAUCUGGUGGCCUAGCAUGUUCAAAAGAAGCUGCACAUUUUGGGAAAAAAGUUGCUGUGUUGGAUUAUGUAGAUCCAUCUUUUCAAGGUACAACGUGGGGUCUUGGUGGAACAUGCGUUAAUGUUGGCUGUAUUCCAAAGAAGCUUAUGCACCAAGCAGCAUUGCUAGGAGAGUCUGUUAGGGAUGCAAAGAAAUAUGGUUGGAACAUUCCUGAAAAUUUUAACCACGAUUGGUCAGUCCUCUCAGAAGCUGUGCAGAAUCACGUACACUCGUUGAACUGGGGACACAGAGUGCAGCUGAAAACAAAGUCUGUUGAUUAUAUUAAUGGCAAAGGCUCCUUUCUGGAUUCUCAUACUAUAAAAGCUGUGACGAAAAAUGGUCGAGAGAAAAUAAUUUCUGGUCAAAAUAUUGUUGUUGCUGUAGGCGGAAGACCACGCUUUCCAAAUAUUCCAGGGGCUAAAGAGUAUUGUAUCUCCAGUGAUGAUUUGUUUUGGUUGAAAAAGCCACCUGGGCGCACACUCGUUGUUGGUGCAAGCUAUGUAUCUUUAGAAUGUGCAGGAUUUCUGAAUGGUUUAGGAUAUGACACCUCCAUUAUGGUACGCUCCAUACUGCUACGUGGAUUUGAUCAGCAAAUGGCUAGUUUCGUUGGCGAGCACAUGGAAAGUCAGGGAAUCAAUUUCAUAAAGAGUUCUGUCCCAAAACGCGUCGAGAGAAUGAAAGAUGGCAAACUGGAAGUGUUUUAUGAUAGCUAUGAGUGGGGGGAAGAACAUUCUGACGUCUUUGACACAGUUAUUUUAGCAGUUGGUCGUGAUCCUGUUACCAAAACCCUAGGACUCGAAAAAAUUGGGGUAGAAUUUGAGAAAUCAGGGUAUAUUGUUUGUCAUAAGGAUGAGCAGACCAGUGUUGAGAAUGUUUAUGCCAUUGGUGAUGUUAUUCAGGACAGGCCUGAGCUAACACCCGUUGCUAUAAUGGCUGGCAAAUUAUUGGCAAGAAGGCUUUUUGAUGGAUCAACUGAGUUGAUGGAUUACGAUAAGAUACCAACGACUGUUUUCACCCCUCUUGAGUACAGCACUGUGGGAUUGUCUGAAGAGAAAGCGGAUGAGGUGCAUGGUCAUGAUAAUGUUGAGGUCUAUCAUGCAUUCUACAAGCCUUUGGACUACAGUAUCCCUGAUAAAGAUGCAUCGCAAUGUUAUAUGAAGGUUGUUUGCAAGUUUGAAGGUGAUCAAGAAAUCCUUGGAAUUCAUUUCCUUGGGCCAAACGCUGGCGAGGUUAUGCAGGGGUUCGCAGUAGCUUUAAAAAAUGGCCUAACUUACAAGCAACUCUCAACAACAGUUGGGAUUCACCCAACUUCUGCUGAGGAGUUAGUCAAACUGAAUAUAUCCAAGAGGUCUGGGCUCGACCCACAUGUUACUGGUUGCUGAGGAUAGCUUAGCUCUUCCCAGGCCUUUUGUUCAAUCUGUGUAUAGCCUAAUUUGUUACCUGUGGUUGUAUGUUUACAAAUGAAAGUCGGUGGGAAAAAGUCAGUGACUGCUGACUGAAUGACUGAUAAUUAUGUCACCGAAAAUUUAGUUAGUUCAAUGACACCACGCAACUUCAACCUCCUUUUCUUUGUGAAUUUUUUACACAGAUUGUGUAGAAUUGUCACAUUACUUGUGAAAAUAUCAAAUCAGUUCUACUCAAUCAAUCCCACUUAGAAGGGGGAUGAAAAGACAACAUCUCCCAUAGCAACAUCGUUUUGAGUGCUUGGUUUUUUUCCUGGUCUGUUUUUUUUCCAAUUGUCGUAUAUUUUUAAGGAAACGCCACUGAGCUAUGUGAAAAGAAAACCCACUGUAUCAUAUUAAUUUCAAGAAAAGCUCAAAGACAUGGAAUAUAGAAGUAUAGGUUUGCCUGGGAUUUACAUUCACCCCACCCCUCUCCCGGGUUUGCACACUGAACUUAAUUGUAAAUAGCAUAUUUCUUGGCAUAUUUCAAUGGCAUAUUUCUCAUGCUCAACAAACUUAAGAUGACCACUGUAUCGUCUUGAAAGGUUGAGCUGUGUAGUGCGUAGUGCUUUCGGCUACUCUCAAUUGCUAAGACCACUUAGUGGUGUAUUUCAGCAAGGAGGAUUUACCCACAAACCUCCCCUUUACAACACCUCUGACUGUCACCCAGGUAUCGAAGAGGCUAUACUUAGAAUAAAAAGGCUGGAAGAGCUAUCAAGGCUAGUUCUUUAUUGAGUAACGAAGAACUGUGAUGUUCAUGAUGACGUCAAGGUUUAAAACUGAUUGGAGCACCUUGGCUGAUUGCGUUUCUUGCUAAAGAGCAUUAAAUUUGUAAAUGAAAUGCCAAGAGUUGUAUUCAUAAACUCCUUUGAAAUUGUCAAAUUGAUUGUAUUUUUAGUAAAAUGAGAAUAGAAUUU